AUGUAUUUCACAGGAUGUGCUGUCGGUGAUAUUGUGAGAGAAAUCCGUGACUCUGCUGGCUUUUCUGGGUCGCGGAAUCGAAGCCAUGGAGAACCACUUUCAGCACAAGUGGUUGCUACUAUUUGGAGCUGGCUAGUCACAAGAAGUGACGUAUCCGUUGGACCCGACAGGAUGUACAAUGACAUACCUUUAAAUGAGAUAUUGGCUUUGAUCAGGAAUGUUUCUGAGGGAGGUAGUGAUCCCGAUGGGAUACCAGGCGCGAACCAAGGAUCGACAUAUGCAAAGUUGGCAUCGAGCAACGCAUCGAGUUUCCCGACAUUUUCUGAUGCGAAGCGGAUUUUUGUCUCUGAAGACACCAUGUGGGAGACACUCACUGGUCAUUCAGUAAACUACAAAAGAGUUCCGCGUUCUGAGUGGCUACUCCUUCUGGGCAUCGCUUCGACCAAGGAUCAGGGCAUAUUGCAAGGUGAUCUGGGUCGCCUCGUUGACCAAGACAAGCGAUCUGUUCCGAAGCGUACAGACUCAUUGGUGAAGAAGGGAUAUAUCGUAAAGAGGACAACUCUCGUCAAGGGGACAAAAACUAGCAAACUUUGGCUUAAAUUGUUUGCGCCUCCGCUUCCAAAGGAAACCGACGACCAAGCUGUCGAGCGAGAGGCGGAGAUGAAUCUAUCACGUCUCGUAUUGGCAGCUAAUCUUGAGCCAGUCCCGUGGCACACGCGUUGGACGGGCGAAUCCAUGGAUUUCCACGCCCUGGCCACCACUAUUAUGGCCACCACAAAAGAAUGGCACGUCAUACGCUUGCAAGAUCUCAAGACCAAGCUAGGCGUACUAGGUAUGAGAUGGCAAAUGAAGAUUGUUUCCAAGAUUUGUCGUUUUCUCAACUCUUGCGGUGCCAUUCAAUACGUUGCUGCUAAACUGGAAAACAAGUUGUUCAAGGACUGCAUCAGGUUCAACAAAUAUCUCAGUGCCAAAGACUGGUCAGCUUUUCUUGCUACAGGAAAGCGUGCUACUAAGCCCAUAAAGACCGCUUUCCUGGGCGUGGCCGAUCGGGCAGAACGAGAUAGACAUGUUGAUGCAAUACAAGUUCAUGGCUCUCAUCUGGAAAGGAUUUCUCCAUGGUCAAUUGACGAUCCGUUACCUCAAAAAAUUACGAAGGCAGCUAAAUCGUUUGGUACAAUUGGCCUGACGAACCCCGAGAUAUACGCUCUUACGCUGGGCCCGACCUUCAAUCGGUAUGUGUCUAGCAUGACAGCAAGCAUGGCAACUUCCACAGUCCAGCCGUCGUACCUGCAGCACAUUCAACUCAAGAGCGAACAUAUCAGGGUAGGGAAAGUAGCAUCAUAUCGAUAUUAUGUUCCCCAGCUUCGCUCGACAAGAAAGCCUGCUUCCACCCUGGAAGUGAGACGAGAUCAGUCAACAUCAUCGACAUGUAUGCGCUGGUUUGAUCCCCUUCCAUCCGAACCCAAAUUCUCUUCGCAAAAUACCACCAUCUCAAAUAUAUGCGGAUUUUUUAACAGGCGGCGCCCUACCUCCGGCGAAUUGAAAAGGCGCGGACGACCUAAAAAAAGUGAGCCUGUUGAUGCUCCUGAGCAGAGUGGGCUUGACGAUUCUACGAUAAAAGUUCAUAGUCAGCCGACUUUAGAAUCAAACGCUGGCAUUUCGUAUCAGAAUACGAAUUGUUUUGUCACUCUUCACGUUUCGAGUAGGGCACUCCGGACUGCGUUAGGUCAAAAGUCUACGUCUCAGGACAAUCAGGACUCAACGCCCCAUGUUGCCAAAAGCCAAUCGGUGGUGAAGGCAGACAAUAUGAUGCUGAGUACGGUAAACAAAACUGGUCCGGACGCAAGCUCGUCGCGUGACGACCAAGGAGGCCGUGGAAAUCGCCGUGGAUCGGCGAGGGGAAGAGGGCGAGGCAGGCCAUCGCAUAGGACCUCCAAUGAAAACACGCCAUCACGGCCUUGGAUUUGUGAAACUUGCGGUGGCAGUUGGAAGAAUGAUAUUGGGCUUAAGUACCACCUCGAAAAGUCUCGGACGCCAUGCAAUCCACAGUAUACCUCUGGGACACAAGGUUUGAGUCGUCGUGGAAGAAAAUCCUCAUUUUUUGCCUCCCAAGCCCGCGAGUCACGCAGCGAAACCCGUGUCCGUGCAUCUUCGGAGUGUUCGUCGCCUAUUCGAGAUUUGGCGGAAGUUGAAGAGGACAGCAGUGGCCAAGAUUCAGUAGUCGAUAAGAUGACAACCGUUGAACGCCAUGCAACAAAUCAACCUCAGUUGAUAGACAUUCCUAGAAUAAGCCCCUCGUCGAAUUUGGCGAGAGUGAAGUCCUGGAAAAGGUCUUCCACGACUUUGGGUCAGACUAUCAAGUUUACGGCAUCAAAGGGUAAUCAGGGGUUACUCCUCCAGCCCACAACAAGCCAACCACGCCAGGUUCCCAUCUUUCAGAAUCCAAACCGCCAUAUGAAGACUUCAUCAGCUAUGAUUGUACAAGGCGUAUCAAAGGAGGAGCUCAAUAUCACCAGGCCUUGUUCAUCGGUCUCAACGGGUGUUGUGCCUCAAGCAAAGCAAUCACCUCCAGUCGGUAUAGUACUUGCCGACAAUACAGCAAGUUCGCUGGAAGCACCGCAUACAGGUCAUCGUCCUGACACGCUCUUUGUUGAUAACGGAUCCACUACCCGCACAAAGUCUAAGACAAAAGGAGCAAAGGUGAAGGACAACCGAGCCCGUAUACGCCACUUCAUUGAGAAGCUGCUCCGUGAUCAGAACGGAGUUCUUCUUGGCGGCAAGUUGCUUUGGGACCAUAUGUUAGCAUCAUGGAAUUCGGAGUAUCCCGAAGCACCCACCCCCAAAAGAGAUGAAUGCCAGUCCGCUCUGAAUUGUCUCUUGGAAGAAGGCCUUGUUAUGGAGCACUGGCACAUGUUCCGUGAUACUACUCGAUCAUUUUCUAAGUGUCAGCUGCUAACCUUACCUGGCGUUGACGCCUUUUCUUCAGAGUCUCUUCAACUACUUGAUACAGUCAAGUCUGUGCAGGCCUUUAAGCAAUCUGAUGGGCAUGUUAAAAUAGCAGAGGAUUCCCGCUUGACCGACAGCAAAGCUGGAGGGCGUGGACGUAGGCUACUGGCCAGCGAGGUAGCAGUAUUGCACGCUCCAGUGUACGCUGCCCAAGUUGCUUCUAAAAAAGAGCAAGGAUCGGAGACCCGAGAACGAGGGGGAAGACGGAGAUUGUCUGGUUCGAAGGGUGUCAUGGAAGCCACUGGCUCCGGCACUUCAAAAAAGCGCAAACAAAUCAGAUGUGUGCGUGCCGUUGGAGAAUCAGUCACACCCACAGAACUACCUGACUUCCCUCUUCCUCAACCAAAGACUUCGUCAGAAAUGAUAGUACGAUUCCUCCAGCCAAACACUUUUUUGGAGCAAGAUGCUUUAAACGCCUGGGCUUCAGUGCCUGUACACGCAGAGCAGCCUCAGCCAAGUUCGAAAGAGAAUGCCACAAAGCAGAUAAUCCCAAUUGCGCACACUCAGACUGAAGAGCUCUUUAGCCCUCUGACAACUGUUACUAGCCAGAAUGGGGUUUGGGAAUACCUAGAUACCCAAUACUUUGAACGAGUUGGCGGUAGCUUCUCUGUCAAAGGAUGGAUGCCAAAUGCCAUAUGGUUUGGAUGGGCUUCUUUCAUUCAAGCUAUCGAGAGACGACACGCAUCCUUGGGCAGCACACAAGGCUUCGUAGAUGAAAACGAUGCUAUACACCACCAAAAUUUCAUGAGGAGGAUUCAAGCUUGCGUCGAGGUAGAAAUGUCCUGGGGGAGAAUUUUCGAAGAAUCCGGCCCCGGAUCUGCCGGUCCUCACAACAUAUGGGUUCACUUUCAGGGCCAGCCAACCAGUCUAGACGCAGAAUACCGCAACAGACUUGCUUGGCCGAAAGAUGGGCAGCUUACCCAAGCGUCGCAAUGCAGUGUCUAUGUUGAGGCGGAUUACGCCUCAUCAUCCCCCAGCGAUGGAGAAAAUGAACGUCCCAAAGAGACAGGUACCAGAAACGCACGGAUUCAUUAUUCAGAUCCUCGACAGUCGGAAAACAUGGCGUCUAGGGCGAAACCCGUAAGCCUUGUGACCCGUGCUUUAACGCCCCUCCCCGUGUCGCAACAUGGAACUGUCAGUAGCGAUGACGUUGAACCACCGGAGGAUUAUCCAUUUGACGGAACGGACGACUUGAUGGCGGCUUUCAUUGUCGUGCGUACAUUGAUGGGCGGCGCAGAUAAAGCCAUUGACUGGGGCCUGCUUAUGAUUAUUUUCCCAAAUGCCAAGUUAACAUACCUGCGAAGGUUUUGGGUUGACGCGAGAAAGGAACAGGGUCCAUUCAUCGCUAAUUUCACACGUGCAUUCCAAGAGAGAUUUAUUCCUGCAAUCGAGCAGAAUGACAUACCGAUGAUUGACUUCGAUAGACCUCAAGAUUAUGACUGGGCGAAAUUGAUCCGAUGGAGCCUGCAAAUACCCCGUGAAGAAGGAUUUAAAAUUCCAUCUUCCAGGGAGUUAUUCAACAGUCGUUUCAGCGUGGAGAGUACCAAACCCUCCGGCGAGGACUGGCGCGAGCGUUUCUUCCACACUCAGUCCUCUAUUUUUUCACGUUUCGAAGCAGUAACAGCAGUUCCCGGUGUCUUUGCUAUUGAUAGAGGCCCUGGCACCUCCAAGGACGACCCUGCAGAGCUCAAGGAAAUAGGAAUUGCGAGAUCCUGGAUCAAAUCACUGUGCAGCAUGGGAGACGGAAAACACACCGUGGCAGAAAUUAGGGACAAGUUCUUCACAUUGUCACCUGGCAACAAGGAAAAGACGUCGGCUCUUUUCAAGGACGCCAUUGAACUCCUAACGAAACAACGGGUUAUAUGUAAAAGCAAAAAAACGAUUCUAGGCGGCCGCCCAUAUCGACUCAACGAAGGAUACGUAACAGCACUGAAUAAAAUGGCCCAAAAUUCAAAGUAUAACGAGGCUGCUGCGUUCAAGCUUAAGAUGGAUACCAUAUUCCGGAAGCAAGGGAAAAUGCGAAUACCAUACACAUUCAGUGACGGAGCUAUGAUGGCGCUGACAAAUUUGAAUGCGUCUGGGAGAAUAAAAUUGGUUUCGACAAACCUACCUAACAUUCCUUUUGGUUUUGAGCCUGGGAAUUAUGAAAGUCGAAAAUACCCAAAGUCAUAUUAUCACUUUGGCCUGGAGGCCAUACCAGCAGAAAACUACUUAUAUAACGACCAAAUUGACGUGCUUCGCCUGGCUUGCGAAAAGGGGCCGCCAGUGGGACACCUGAGCGAGGAAUUGCCUCAGUGGGUAGAUUUCCUUGGUCAACCAAACAAGCAACGUUGGUCAGAGAUACUGGGCGCGUUCUGCUUCACUCUGGCGACGCGAGGUUCCAUGGAUACCAUUGGUAUCCGUAGCGCUCUGAGCCCAAUUUUAACCGAGUUUGAAGUACAGCUCAUCGUGCGUUGGGGCAGCGAGACCGGAGUGCUAAGAGAUUUCUCAGACGGUGUAGGAUUGACAGUAGGCGAAUGGUGGUGGCUGACUGUACCAUGGCUUCGUCAAAUAUGA